AUGGCAAAGCACGGGAAAGAGAUUAAGAGGUUGCCCCAACCGCCACAUGGAUCAAAUGCCGCCAGCAGAGAGUGGUCCUUGGGGCCACAUGAGCCUUAUUGGCGGACGAACUCGAGUUAUUCACCUCCGCCAUCGAGAUGGGACUUCCGUUUUCAAUCUGAAGCACUAUCUUUUGGCUCUCAUGAUGGCGUACAACUGUUUGGGUCUUCUGCAUCCUCAAAUAGUAGAGAAAGCAGAAGCUGGUUGAGAGGCAAUCAACUGGCAAAUCAUCAAUAUGUGGCAAAUGAUGGUGGUGGCCCAUACUAUAGCAGUCCCUCUGAUGUGUCCCCUGUGCGACAGUGGACUCCACCUGCAAUUCAGGAAAUCAACAUUGAUGAUUUUCAUGCCUCAAGUAGAAUUUUGAGGCCCUUACCCUUCUCACCAGCAAUGGAAGGAACAUCGGCUGCCAGGGAUAGCAGAGGUUCUACUUCAUCUAGAUCAGACAGUAGUGAUUAUGACUCUAUAGCCAAGUCACAUCACACUCAUCGUAACUUUUCAAGUCGCCGUUGCUUCAUGUCCAAGCCUGUUCACCCUUUGUCCUUUCCCUCGGAUACUCCUAGAGGAGAAGCUACUCAGAGCAAUUCUGCUGGGUUUUUAGAAUUUGAUGCUGGUACUCCUAGAAGAGAAAAAAAUCGAUUGAGCAGUGCAAGUGGCAGUGUUGAUCUCACAGAUGUCUCAGAACCACUCGAAGUUGAUUGCUCCAAUAAAGCUCGUAAUCAAUCUGAUAGUUUCAGAUGUGGAUUGUGUGAGCGGCUUCUUUCACAAAGAUCACCUUGGAGUUCUCGACGUAUUGUAAGAAGUGGUGAUAUGCCGGUUGCUGGGGUUCUUUCCUGCCGUCAUGUAUUUCAUGCAGAAUGCCUGGACCAAACCACACCAAAGGCUCACAAAAGUGACCCACCUUGCCCCAUCUGUGCCAAAAUUGAAGAAGAGAACUCUCCAGAGCAGAAGGUCUUUGCCAAGUUCUUUCCCAGGCUAAGACCUUUUUGUGAAGAUGGCACAUCCUCGAAACCAUGGGGCUGCGCUCAGGCUGGAGACUGUGUAGAAGGGGCUUUGCACACGCCUUCUCGUAGUACUAUGCUCUCACUUACCCGAAGUAGGAUUAAAAAGAAUCUUUCAAUGAAGUGUAAUCUAGGCAAAGAGUUCCCUGGUAAGGCGAGGAAAAGCACCUCUUUCGGCUCACAAAUGUGUAUCGGAUCAGUCGACCAUGGAGCUGCUGGUUCUUCCAAGGCAGCGGGGUCUUCUUCGAAGUGA